CGACCCUUGAGUUCUAAGCCAAGAUCAGCAAAAAUGAUUGCCACAACGGUGUGUUUUUACUUGGUGGUCUUAGCCAUUCUCAUGGCCUUCCUAUCUCCCACAGCAGAUGGUUGCUUCAUUCUGCUUGCGUGCCUGUUGAGGUCAUCUCUCUGUCCGUUUAACACCACCUCAUCUGGAUAAUAGAGUGAAUUUUUUUGUUGCCUCUUCCCGCGCCCAAUAAAUACGAUUAUGCAUUAAAAACAUAUUUAUCCAUGACCAAAAUAA